AUGGAGCAAGUUACAAUUUCCCAGUUUCUUCUUCGUCGGCUCAAAGAAGCUGGUUGCAAUGAUAUCUUUGGCGUUCCAGGAGAUUUUGUUUUGGGCUUCUUUAAUCAAAUUCUCAAGAGCGACGUCAAUUAUGUCGGAACCUGCAACGAAUUAAACGCCGCUUACGCCGCUGAUGCCUACGCUCGUCUCAACGGAAUCGGCUGCGUUUCUACGACAUACGCAGUUGGAGAAUUGUCCGGAAUCAAUGGCGUUGCUGGAUCGUUCGCUGAGUCCGUUCCUGUCGUCAAAAUUACUGGAACACCAGCAACCAAAUUUUAUCGCGAUCGGCCUCUUCUUCACCACACAAUAGGAGACUACGAUUCGCCCCUCAAAAUGUAUUCCCACGUUACUGUCGCGCAAACUAUGCUGAACAAUCCCGAAACUGCUGUAUCGGAAAUCGAUCGAGUAUUGACAGCCUGUUUGAAGCGCAAGGCUCCUGUGUACAUCGGCCUUCCUUCUGAUAUGGUUCUUCGUAUGAUUGAUGCUCCUAUCGCUCCAUUUGUUCAUCCACAAGAAUCCAAGUCCGACCCAGGUGCCCUCGAUGAAGCGGUUUUGGAAACCUUGCGAUUGCUCCAUCAAUGUCGACGCCCCAUUUUUAUCCCUGGAAUCGAAAUUAGCCGACGGAGGCUUCAGGCAGAUUUUGAGAAGCUCCUCAAUGCCUCUGGUAUCCCUUUUACGACCAUGAUGCUUGCUAAGUCAAUUUUCAAUGAAGACCACAAGCAGUUUAUCGGUCUCUAUUGUGGCGAUCGAAGUCGUCCAUAUGUUCAACAACGUGUCGAAGGUGCCGACUGUGUUGUCAUUUUCGGCGAACGACUUACGGACUUCAAUACGGGAGGCUUCUCGGCCAACAUGGACAGACGCAGUACGAUCGAAGUCACGUACGAUUGCGUCAGAAUCAUGUUCCAUGCGUACAACAACGUCUACAUCCAUGAUUUCGUGAGGGAACUUGCUGCCAGAAUAUCUUUCCGGGUUCCGAAAAACCUUGAUAUGAAACCAGCAAUUGAAGGCUGUGUUCAUCGUCGGACAGUAGACUUCAAAGCUGACAAUGAGAAGAAUCUAACAAUGGCGCGAUUCUUUGAUAGGAUGUCCCAUUUCUUGCAAUCAGGAUCCGUUGUCAUCGCUGAAACUGGUGCUUCGCUUUUCUCAGCUGCAGAAGUAUUGAUGCCAAAAGGGACAACCUUUAUUGGGCAAACAUUCUACGGAUCCAUUGGUUACACAGUUGGUGCGACACUUGGUGCUUGCAUCGCUGCACCUCAUCGUCCUGUGUAUCUUUUUAUUGGCGACGGGUCAUUCCAAGUCACAUGUCAAGAUCUAUCUACCAUGAUCCGGUAUGGAUGCAAACCAACUGUAUUCCUGGUGAACAACGACGGUUAUACAAUCGAGCGGGUUAUUGUUGAUCGUAAAUACAAUGAUAUCCAGCCAUGGAAGUAUCACAAAUUGUGCGACGUAUUCGGAGGCGGAAAGUCGUAUGACGUUCAUAAUGAAGGACAACUAGAAGAAGCGUUGAAAGAAACAUGCCAAAAUAAUCAGAUGCUGAACUUCAUCGAGAUUCAUUUGGACAGAUGGGAUUGUAAUGAUGCUCUUCGUCGUGCUGGCCACGCGAUGGCUGUCAACAAUCGUCUACUUGACGAAGAUGAGUUGAAGAAUUCAACGGGAAGUUGUUUUGCUGUAAACGAGGAAAAUGAUCUAAAGCGUUGCGCUGAUGUUGUUCCUCAUUAUUCCGAAUAG